GAAAGUAAAUGUACAGACUUGAUGUAGCCGUUUUAAACAGACAUAAUCGAUUUACAAUACAAAUCUUUAAAUCUUUAAUAGAUUUAUAUAUGCUUAGGCAUGAAUUUGUGUGUUACCUGAUGGAAAUGUGAAUCGAGUCAGUGGAGAUCAAACUGUUCAGAUCCAUCAUGGCUAAAGCACAAACAUCUGGAGAUUUUUUUCCAGGAUGCAGUUCAGUUCAUCAGAAGAGAUCAGAAGCAGAGUCCAGCUGUGUGUCUGUGAAGAGUGACUGGUCUAUGGAUCGACCAAUAAGAUUUAGCAGUGGAGAUUUAAGGACUGGUCUCAGUUCAGUUCAUCAGAAAAGAUCAGAAGCAGAGUCCAGCUGUGUGUCUGUGAAGAGUGACGCGUCUAUGGAUCGACCAAUAAGGUUUAACAGUGGUCUCAGUUCAGUUCAUCAGAAGAGAUUAUAUCCAGAGUCCAGCUGUGUGUCUGUGAAGAGUGACGCAUCUAUGGAUCGACCGAUAAGGUUUAGCAGUGGUCUCAGCCAUGAUGUCUUCAGCACUUUUAGAUCAAAUCUGAAGAGGAAGUUUGAUCGUCUGUAUGAGGGAACAGCGACGCAGGGAAACCCAACACUCCUGAAUGAGAUCUACACAGAGCUCUACAUCACAGAGAGUGAGAGGGGAGAGAUCAGUAAUGAGCAUGAGGUGAGACAGAUUGAGACACAAUCCAGGAGAACAGCAACAGAGGACACGGCCAUCAAAUGCAGUGAUAUCUUUAGACCUUUACCUAGACAAGACAAAGCCAUCAGAACUGUGCUGACAAAGGGAGUUGCUGGCAUUGGAAAAACAGUCUCUGUGCAGAAGUUCAUCCUGGACUGGGCUGAAGGGAACGAGAAUCAGGACGUCCAGCUCAUAUUUCCACUGCCUUUCAGAGAAAUCAAUCUGAUGAAGGACAAAACACUCAGUCUUUCAGAUCUUCUUCAUGUGUUUUUCCCUGAAACUAAAGAAAUGGAAAUAUCCAGUGAUGAAUAUAAAGUGUUGUUCAUCUUUGAUGGUCUGGAUGAGUGUCGUCUGUCUCUGAACUUUAAGAGUAAAGUGAAACUGUGUAAUAUAUCUGAAUCAGCCUCAGUGGACGUGCUGCUGAUGAACCUGAUUGUGGGGAAUCUGCUUCCCUCUGCUCUCAUCUGGAUCACCUCCAGACCAGCAGCAGCUGAUCUCGUCCCCUCUGAGUGUAUCCAUCGAGUGACAGAGGUACGAGGCUUCAAUGAGCCACAGAAGCAGGAAUACUUCAGGAAGAGAAUCAGUGAUCAGAGUCUGGCCGAAAGGAUCAUCUCACACCUGAAGUCAUCCAGGAGCCUCUACAUCAUGUGCCACAUCCCAGUCUUCUGCUGGAUCUCAGCCGCUGUUCUGGAGAAGAUGUUGAGUCGAGCAGAGACUGGAGAGAUUCCCAAGACUCUCACUCAAAUGUACACACACUUCCUGAUCCUUCAGACCAACAUCAAACGUGAGAAGGACUUUGAGAAGAACAUGACAGAUGAAGACAUGAUCCUCAAACUGGGGAAGCUGGCUUUCCAGCAGCUUGUGAAAGGAAACCUGAUCUUCUAUGAGGAAGACCUGAGAGAGUGUGGCAUUGAUGUGACAGAAGCAUCAGUGUACUCAGGAUUGUGCACUCAGAUCUUCAGAGAGGAGUUGGGCUUGUAUCAGGGGAAAGUCUUCUGCUUUGUUCAUCUGAGCAUUCAGGAACAUCUAGCAGCUCUAUAUGAGCACACGUCCUUUAUAAUCAAGAACAUUAUUGAUCAAACCAAAGAAAGUCUUUUCUCUGUCUCCAACUGGAUGUGGUUAAUAUCUAAGCUGCAUCAGAGAGCUGUUGAUGAAGCUUUACAGAGUAAGAAUGGGCAUCUGGAUCUUUUCCUGCGUUUUCUUCUGGGUCUGUCACUGGAGUCCAAUCAGACUCUCUUACGAAAACUACUGACACAGACAGGAAGCUGCUCCUACAACAAAGAGGAAACAGUUCAGUACAUCAAACAGAAGAUCAUGGAGAAUCACUCUCCAGAGAGAUCCAUCAAUCUGUUCCACUGUCUGAAUGAACUGGGUGAUCAUUCACUGAUGCAGGAGAUCCAACGUUAUCUGAGAUCUGGAAAAAUAAGAAAAGCCAAACUCUCGUCUUCACAGUGGUCAGCUUUGGUUUAUGUGUUGCUGACAUCAGAGCAGAAGAUGGAUGUGUUUGAUCUGAAACAGUUUAUUGGAGCACGACAUACUGCAGAUGAGGUUCUUCAGAAUCUGUUACCUGUGGUUAAAGAAUCCAGAUCAGUUCGUGUGGAUCAUGGAGGAGAGAUCAGGAUUACAGCAGGACUGAAGAAAUGAGUGUGUGUGUGUGUGUGUGUGUGAUGGCUGGGAAGGUGAAGUGGGUGACGGACAUCGAGAAAUCAGUGCUGAUCAAUAACUUUGAGAAGAGAGGAUGGAUCCAGGUGACGGACAGCGACGACUGGAACUUCUACUGGCAAGACUUCAUUUCAUCCGUUCAUCAACAUAAACUAGUGAUGAUAUAACACUGAUAUUAUCAUAACUGUAUUACAGCUGCUGCAGGUCUGAUCUUCUCAAGCGUACUGUUUCUCAAGC